UCCUUCAACUUCAAGUAUUCAGAGAUUUUCUUUCCCUUGUUAAGCAUGGGUUUUCGUUUGCCUGGUAUUGUUCAAGCUAAGAAAGCUCUUCGACAUCUUCCCGGUACUGCUAACCAAGCAGCUCCAGGGGCCUUAGAUGUUCCAAAGGGCUACUUUGCAGUAUAUGUUGGUGAAAACGAAAAGAAGCGUUUUUUGAUCCCAGUAUCAUACUUGAACCAGCCUUUGUUCUUGGAUUUGCUCAGUCAUGCUGAAGAAGAAUUUGGAUUUGAUCAUCCGAUGGGUGGUCUUACAAUUCCUUGCAGUGAAGACAUCUUCAUUGAUAUCACUAAUCGCUUAACCAGGGCAUGAAAGAGUACUUGGACAUCGAAGAGGCUGAACAGUUUUGUAGACAUUUAGCAUUGCCAUGUACAAAACAAUUUAUUUCAUCUUUUUUCCUGCAUAGAAAUGCAGUUUGUUACAAAAUCUCACCAAAUUGAUAAUUAGAAAUAUCAUAUCAACUAAUUCUUUAGACUCUGUAAUUCUUUCCUUCUCUCUUUAGACCUGCUAUAGAAUUCUUCACUUAUUUGCCCUCAAUAUUAUCCAAG